ACAAAUAGAAACAGUUCAACAAACUGCCGCUGGCCAUUUCUCGACUUGUGCCGCAACUUUCUAUUGACCCAGCAUAAGCAGAGAAAUGAUUUGACUCCAACGUCUUUGUAUAUAAAGCUAAGAACUCUUUUGUCUGCGGUUUAGUAUUAGCAUAAAUUCACAAGAGCCGUCCAUAAAAUAUGUUCGCAUUGUGUUUGAUCUUGACUUUAAUGCUGAGCGGCAGCCGCGUUGAAGGGGCGCAGACGGAGCUGGUGCCGAUCAUUAAGUCAGUCGCAGAGCAGAAGAACGAUGGCUCCUAUUUCUUUGCCUAUGAAGGUGCCGAUGGCAGCUACCGGGAAGAGGUGGGAAUUGUGAAGCGAUCGAGCAACAACAACAUUAACACGCCACCAACUGAUGAUCACAACGACGAUGAUGAUGAUGAGACGGAACUGGAGAUCUCGGGUGUCUAUCGCUACAUUGACAGCAAUGGGCAGCGUGUGGAGGUCAGUUAUGUGGCCGACAAGAAUGGCUUUGUGCCCGUGGGCACAAAUAUACUCAAGGAGAUUAGCGAGGCGGCGAGGCAGUCUGCGGAGAGUUGA